CCCCCCCCCCCCCCCCCCCCCCACUCAACCCUUCUCUAGAGUGACCCAAAUCUGCAUAUGUAUUCAUGAUGUUUGCCAAAUGUGCAAUAAAUUAUAUACUUUUAGAACCGAGACAUAGCAGUGAUUUCAGAUGGAGAGCAAGGAGUUCCAACAGUGAGGCUACUGAGAAAUGGAAACGUGACAGUCUUUUCAUCGACAAACGUGGCAAAUUGAAAAACUUUAAUCACAAAAAAGUUUCCAGGAAAAAGGGUAAUACUAUUGUUUUGGGGAUAGUUGGUAAUACAAUGCUUAAAUGCUCUAAUUUUCAAGCUUAUGUCAACGCAUACAUCGGUCAAAUCAACAUCUUUGUAUAGGUGGUUCUUUAAGGGGACAAGGAUGGAAAUAUGGGUCUGGAUUUGUUGAUGGUAUUUUCCCCGUGCUUAGCCCUAUUGCUCAGAAAAUCCUAGACUUUGUACAGAAGGAAUUGGAUCCAAAUAGAGUAUGGGACUCUCUUGAUACUCUUCCUCCUACUAAUAACACAUGGGAUGAUAUCAUCAAUGUAGCAGUCCAACUUCAUCUGAAUAGACAAUGGGAUCUGAUCAUACUGAUGUGCGAAUGGAUAUUGUACCGGAGUUCUUUCCAGCCAGAUGUCAUUUGCUACAAUUUGCUCAUAGAUGCUUAUGCGGAGAAAUCACUGCAUAAGAAGGCAGAAUCCACUUACUUAGAACUUCUUGAAGCUCGGUGUAUCCCUACUGAAGAUACUUAUGCUCUUCUCUUAAGAGCCUACUGCAAAUCUGCUCUGCUAGCAAAAGCUGAAGCUGUCUUCGCUGAGAUGCAAAAGAAUGGUCUUCCCCCAAGUACAAUUGUAUACAAUGCUUACAUUGAUGGGUUAAUAGAAGGAAGGAACUCACAAAAAGCUUUAGAGAUCUUUCAGAGGAUGAAGAGAGAUUGCUGCCAACCAUCAGAAGACACUUACACAAUGUUGAUCAACUUAUACGGAAAAGCAAAUAAAUCCUAUAUGGCCUUAAAGGUGUUUCAUGAAAUGAGAAGUCAAAAGUGUAAACCUAAUAUCUGCACUUACACUGCUCUAGUGAAUGCAUUUGCCAGGGAUGGACUGUGUGAAAAAGCCGAAGAAAUUUUUGAACAGCUACAGGAAGCUGGUUAUGAGCCUGAUGUGUAUGCUUAUAAUGCACUUAUGGAAGCAUACAGCCGUGCAGGUUUUCCUUAUGGUGCUGCAGAAAUAUUUUCACUCAUGCAGCACAUGGGGUGUGAACCAGACAGAGCUUCAUAUAAUAUUAUGGUGGAUGGAUAUGGGAGAGCUGGUCUUCACGAGGAAGCACAAAGUGUGUUUGAAGAGAUGAAGCGGCUUGAAAUAACACCAACUAUGAAAUCCCACAUGCUACUUUUAUCUGCCUACUCGAGAAUUGGAAAUGUGGCAAAAUGUGAAGAAAUUGUGAACCAGAUGCACAAAAAUGGGCUCGAACCAGAUACAUUUGUCCUUAACAGUAUGCUGAACCUGUAUGGCCGCGCAGGCCAGUUUGGAAAAAUGGAAGAAGUGUUGACUGCAAUGGAAAAUGGACCAUAUGCGGCCGAUAUCAGCACAUAUAACAUCUUGAUCAAUAUGUAUGGACGGGCAGGUUUUUUUGAGAAAAUGGAAGAACUUUUCCGAUUGCUUCCCACCAAGAAUUUAAAACGAGAUGUGGUGACUUGGACUUCUCGGCUUGGAGCCUAUUCUAGGAAGAAAAACUACAGAAGAUGCUUAGAAAUAUUCGAAGAAAUGAUUGAUGAUGGUUGUUAUCCAGAUGGAGGAACUGCCAAAGUACUUCUCUCAGCUUGUUCGAGUGAAGAUCAGAUCGAGCAAGUCACUGCUGUACUUAGAAGUAUGCACAAAGAUAUGAGCCUUGUGUUGCCUGUCUGAUUGGCUCUUGCAAUCUUCUCUGUAGUGUGCUAUUUUUGUAGCCUUUAGACACCCACCAGCACUGGUAGAAGUUAUGCAGAAUGUAUAUUGGCUUGCAAUGUUGUAUUGUGGAUAAUGCUCCAGGUCAAGAAAUUUUGCUUUCCAUUACAUGUAGAAAAGCUGUACAAAGGGAAAUAUGCAAUCACAUAGCCUGAUUGUUUUUUUAGAACUUUCACAUAGCCCAAGUUUGGUUUAGUACUAUUUUUGGAAAUCCUUUAUAAUG